UACCGCCACCUUUUUUUGUCCGCCAUUUUCCUAUUCAAAAAGCGGUUUGAAAGUUGAGUUUGUAGGUAAUCGAUAAUCGAUUUCAAAAAUAUCUGAAUAUUCUUUUGUGAAUUUAAUUGUUAUUUUGUGUUUUCCGAGUGAUGUGCAUUAUUUUUAAUAAGUGGUAGUUUUAAAUCUGAAAUAGCUAGUGUACUUAGUGCUAUCGGUUCGAGUUCCGGCUCUAUGUGAAAUGUCUCGCUAUGGGGAUUGUAAGGUUUAUGUAGGAGACCUAGGCAAUAAUGCUAGCAAGCCAGAAUUGGAAGAUGCAUUUUCGUACUACGGUCCAUUGAGGAAUGUGUGGGUGGCAAGGAACCCUACUGGCUUUGCCUUCGUUGAAUUCGAAGAUCCCCGCGAUGCUGAAGACGCUAUACGUGGUUUAGACGGGCGGACGAUAUGUGGUCGUAGAGCUCGUGUGGAAAUGUCAAACGGAGGUCGUGGAUUUGGUGGUCGUGGGCCUCCACCACGCUCCCGACCACCUCCACGCCCCUACGAUGACCGUUGCUACGACUGCGGUGACCGUGGACAUUAUGCCAGAGACUGCACCCGUCGUCGACGCCGCAGCCGCUCCAGGUCUCGCCGUCGGACGCGCUCCCGCUCCCCGAGGUCGGGCUCCCGCAGCCGAUCCCGUUCCCGCUCUCGCUCCCGUUCCAAAGGAAGAUCUAUGUCUCGAUCAAGAUCCCGUUCGCCAUCCAAAGACUCGAAGAAGUCCAAUUAAUAUUACAAAAUUCCAAUAUUCGAUAUCGACAUAUUAUAAUUAUUAUGUAACAUAAUAAAACUAUAAUUUCAAGUAUGUACCUAAUAUGUGUUUUUUUUGUUUAAUAUCUAAAUUAUCCCAUUGGCAUAUCCUUUUAAAGGAUUUAGUUCCCUAACUGCUACUACAAUACAGGUCAGCGGGCUUAGGUUAGUUAUUACAACUCUAGUUUUAAAUCCUUUCUAAAAUAUCAUCGACUUGUAUCAAUUAAGUUCAAUAUGAUGGUGGUUUCAGUCUUACCUACGCACUAUACUCACCUACUCUAUAGGUUCUGGAUUUUAAUUUUUUUAACGUUCUUAAAGCUGCUGCAAGUCUAAUGUUUUAUUGUAAUUAUCGUUUAUCAUUAUAUUGACGACCUUCGGCGCAUUGACGUGCCUGUGUAGCCUGAUAAGCGGGAGAUAUUAUACGAGGUCAUUUGUAAGGGAAGUAAG